GAAUUCGUCCCCGCGCCCGAGGGCGGGAAACUACAACUCCCGGCAUGCCCCGGGCGCCCCCGGCGCGCCCCCCCUCCCGUCAGUUCCAUGCUGCUCCAUCCAGUUCAUUUAAAACAAAAGAGUUUGAGCGCUGGAAGGGGCUGGGCUCUAUUGGGGGCCACUGAGCGACGCUCCGGGACUGGGGCUCGGUGCGGGAGCCUAAGGGGGCGUCUGCUCGGCGGAGGGUAGAGACUCCGGGUCCGAGGCGGAGGGGUGGGGGCCAGGGCCCGCAGCCCCCCACCCCACCCCGUCACCCCGGAGCGAGAGGAGAUCUGCUUUCUUGGUUUUGCUUCUUUUCCCCCCACCCCCACCCGGGGGCUGGGGCGAGGGGAGUCAGGUUACAGGGUGCUUGGGGAGGGGGGCUUAGGGGUGGGUCUAUCUUUCUAUCUCGCUUUCUUCCCCCCUCCCCAGCUCUUUGUUCCCCCUCCCCACACACCCCCUCCUCUCCUCUCCCCUCCCCUCCUCUCUCCUCUUCUCCCUUCCACCACCUCUCUCUCCCUCUCUCUCUCCCCCAGCUUUUGUUUCGCCAUGCCUAGUCUAGUGGUAUCUGGAAUAAUGGAAAGAAAUGGGGGCUUUGGAGAACUAGGAUGUUUCGGGGGAAGCGCUAAGGACCGAGGGCUGCUGGAAGACGAGCGCGCCCUUCAGCUGGCUCUCGAUCAACUCUGCCUCCUGGGUUUGGGGGAGCCCCCCGCCCCCACGGCGGGCGAAGACGGGGGAGGUGGGGGGGGCGGCGCCCCCGCGCAGCCGGCCGCCCCCCCGCAGCCGGCCCCGCCGCCGCCGCCCGCGGCGGCCCCGGCCGCCCCGAGCGCGGCCCCCGCGGCGCAGACGCCCCAGCCCCCCACCGCCCCCAAAGGGGCGAACGACGCCAAGCUCUGCGCGCUCUACAAAGAGGCCGAGCUGCGCCUGAAGGGCAGCAGCAACACCACGGAGUGCGUUCCCGUGCCCACCUCCGAGCACGUGGCCGAGAUCGUGGGCAGGCAAGGCUGCAAGAUUAAGGCUCUGAGAGCCAAGACUAACACCUACAUCAAGACACCUGUGCGAGGUGAGGAGCCGGUGUUCAUGGUGACCGGGAGGCGGGAAGAUGUCGCCACAGCCCGGCGGGAAAUCAUCUCAGCAGCUGAGCACUUCUCCAUGAUAAGAGCCUCACGCAACAAGUCUGGUGCUGCCUUUGGUGUGGCCCCUGCUCUGCCGGGCCAGGUGACCAUCCGUGUGCGAGUGCCCUACCGCGUGGUGGGACUGGUGGUGGGCCCCAAGGGAGCGACCAUCAAACGCAUCCAGCAGCAGACCAACACAUACAUCAUCACCCCCAGCCGGGACCGCGACCCGGUGUUUGAGAUCACUGGCGCCCCGGGCAACGUGGAGCGUGCGCGGGAAGAGAUCGAGACGCACAUCGCAGUGCGCACCGGCAAGAUCCUCGAAUAUAACAGCGACGGCGACUUCCUGGCUGGCAGCCCCGACGCUGCGCUGGACAGUCGCUACUCAGAUGCCUGGCGGGUGCAUGCUCCGGGCUGCAAACCGCUCUCCACCUUCCGGCAGAACAGCCUGGGCUGCAUCGGCGAGUGCGGCGUGGACUCGGCCUUCGAGGCCCCGCGCCUAGGCGAGCAGGGCGGGGACUUCGGCUACGGCGGGUAUUUGUUUCCGGGCUACGGCGUGGGCAAGCAGGACGUGUACUACGGCGUGGCGGAGACAAGCCCCCCGCUGUGGGCGGGCCAGGAGAACACCACGCCCACCUCGGUGCUGUUUUCUGCCUCUUCCUCAUCUACAGCCAAGGCUCGCGCAGGGCCGCCAGGGGCACACCGCUCUCCAGCCACCUCAACCGGGCAGGAGCAGCUGGCCGGGCUCCCUCGGCGGUCACCUGGAGAGCCACUGCAGGGCUUCUCUAAACUGGGGGCGGGAGGGCUGCGGAGCCCAGGCAGCGGGCGGGACUGCAUGGUGUGCUUUGAGAGCGAAGUGACCGCAGCCCUGGUCCCCUGUGGACACAACCUUUUCUGCAUGGAGUGUGCAGUACGCAUCUGCGAGAGGACGGACCCAGAGUGUCCUGUCUGCCACAUCACCGCCACACAAGCCAUCCGAAUAUUUUCCUAAGCAUCUUGUCCCUGGUCUCCUGGGCCCGCUGUCCAGGGUGCCACCCUGGACCUUUAGGGCCUUUUGGAAAAUCAGUGACUACAGGGCAAGGUGCUUAGAAAUAUUCACUCGCUGGGGUGGGGAAGGGAGGCACGCGUGGCUGUGGGGGAAGCCACUUUCAGAACCUCUGGUUACCCUUUGGGAGGGGACCAGACCAUAAGUUUUACUAGAGUUACAACUCUGAUACCUCAACACACCCUUAAAUCUGGAAGCAGCUAAGAGCUUUUGUUUAGCCUAAAGCCACCACCAGGAUGUCCUGGUGUUUCCCUUCUCCCAUCCUGCGUCACCUUGCUCCUUCCCCAGGAGGGGGAGAGAACACAGGAGUGGAAACCGCCGUCUGUAACUAGAGGUGCUCUUAGUGGCUCCCAGCCCCUCUGGUCCUGACCUCCCACCUCCUAACAAGACUCUUUACCCCCUCCCCACUCAUACCCUGCGUUCCCAACAGUAUAGGAAGGUGGGGGCCUACCGAAGAUCUAGGCAGAUGUCCUGGGGUGGGGGAGAUGUCAAUCAGUAAAGGGCUCACGUGUUUUACAAAGCUGGGCUAGAGAGAUCCAGAAAGAGGGCUUCUCUUUCCCCUCCAGCUUUUUGCUUGUUUUUUUUUUCCCCAGCUUCUUCCUGUAUUUCCCCAGUCCCCCGCCCCUCUCAUCUUUAUUCCUCCCCCUUCUGCACCUUCUAGCCCAGCUUUGGGGAUACCAUCCUCCUGGGGAGAAGUCUGGAGAACGUGUUGAUAUUGCCCCUGGCUCCUCUUCAUGUACUGGACAGCCCUACCCCCUACUCCUCCAAAGAAGCAGCUCUAAUUCUUGAUGGAGUGCAGCCGUAGACCCGGUGACAGUUCGAGAGGGGACAGCAACAGCGGGGCACAUGAUGGAAGCUAAUAGUGGGGUAUUUAAAAGGUUGAAGCCCCACCUUUGUCAUCUAUGGGCGUUACACCUAGGGAGCAUUUCUUCUGGGUCUUCUAGCCAAGGGAAGGGAAAAUAGGAAAGGUCCUGGGACAGGAGAGAUGUGGCUGGAAGGGCUCCCCUCCCCCUCACCUGCAGUGGCCUACCCCCUGACCUCUCUGCAACCUAGCUGAACAAUUAUUGAUUCCUUAUUAGCUACAAAUCAUGAAGUCUCUGUCUUACUCACCGGCUGAUGAGAGGCCAGAUCUUUGGUGAGGGGGAAGCAGGAUUGAAGUGCAGCAGUGCCCAUUACGAGAAUCAGGCGUUGUGAUAGGCCCCUUUGCUGCUUCCAUUGCUCACUCCUGUCUGUCGGCAGCCUCCUACCCUCUUGGUUCCGCUGGCCGGGCCAAGAGAGGAUGGGGAUGGGGAGGCCCAGAAGAUGCUUGUUUGUAUAUAGUCGGGUGGGACUACUUUGAGCUCCUCUAGCUCAGAAGUCCCAUUCUUCCUGGAUGGAGACAGGAUGUGGGACAGGGCACAGAGGAAGACCCCUCUCUCCUUGGCCUGUUGUGAAUUAACUUGUCUCUCCUCAGCCUUCCCCUCCCGACCACCAGCCUGGGAGAGGAGACGAAGGAGGUCACAGCCCAGAAAACUGGCCUGUGGCAGCUUCCCUCCUUUCCACCAAUGUGAGCCAUCUUGAGAUGUCUGUACAAUAGAAACCAAAUCAGUGGGCACCCUGGGUUGCCCAGGGGCAGGGGACGGGAGGGGGUGGGAAGAAGGGGUGUCUGUCUGUCGAUCCCCUCCCCCUCUCCACUCCUUACCCACAAAGGCAAAAGACUGUUACACUAGGGGCUCCGCAGAUUCAAUCCCACCCUUGCUGAGUGAGCCUUUCCUAGAAACGCAAAAGUGAGCGACAGAAGAGACAGCGACAAGGGCGUGAGAUGGGUGAGCAACAGAGGAGAGGAAACAAAAUAGCAAAAAAGAAAAAAAAGCAGUUCUUUAUAAUUUAAUAUUCUAUUUUAAUAAAGGCAUUUAUUACCGUAUAAAUGUAGCAAAGAACCUGGGCUAAUAUGAAAAAAAGACUUUUUAUUAGGUAAUUUAUUAUAUGAAAAGGAUAUUUUAUUUUAUGAUAAAGUGAUCCUUAAAAAAAACUUUAGAAGGUUUAGAAUAUAUGUAGGGAGAGAAGAAAAAGUACAUUUGUAUUCAGAGUUAAAUCUUAAAAAAGUUUUUAAUAUAUGUUCGGGUUUAUGUUCUUUUUCCCCCCCACUUUUUUUUGGGGAGAAAUGUCAUUUGCUUUUCUUGGGGGAGCAUCCUGGGAUGGAUGAAUGGAGAGGGGAUGGGGGAGUUGGUCUCUUCUGGGGCCCCUACCAGUAGAUUGGAUUUCAUUCCCUGGGCUCCCCUCCCCUUCCCCCUCAGGGGAGCCGGCAGAGCCAAACAAAGAAAGGGAUUAACCAGAAAGGAAGAAGCUUUGGGACUAAGGACUGAGGGUCCUGGGGUGUCCCCUCCUUCCCCUACCCUGUGCCAGGGGCAAGUAAGGAGGGAAAGCCAGAACUGAGGCCUAGCAGGCCUAUGGAAACCCUCAGAGGUGUGAGAUUUAAGAGAAAUAGAUUUUUUUAACCAAAAAGAAAAAAAAAUGAGAAGAGAAAGAAAAAGGAAAAACCGAGGGGUUUAAAAGAAGAGAAUACUACAAAAUAAUUCAAAUUUAUUUCAUAUAAUCCUAGAGAAAGAAAGAAAGAAUUACUAGUUACUUAGUAGAUGAUACUCAGAUAGCUUAAAGUUUAGUAGCAUUGUGGGCCCCUGAGCCCGGUAGAAUGUAUAAAAGUAUGGGAAGGGAAUAGAGGCCAGUCUCUGAGCUGCCCUGCCCCGUCGACAGGGCCAGAGCAGUCUGCCAGCUACGAUUGGGAGCUUCCAGUCUGCUGGGGUCGAUUCUGAGAAUCCUUAGGUUCUAAGUGUGAGACCAGCACACAAGGGGCUCUGUCCCAGGGUCUUUGCCAGGGUCCACACUGGUCAUCUUAAGCCGGGUGGGACUGGGCCCAGAGCCUGGCCAUCUGCUGGGAAGCCCCUACUCCUGAUGCCCAACCCCCACCCAAGGCAGCUUCUCCCAGGCCACAGAGGAAGUCCUUGAAGUCACCUCAGUCCCUCUUGCUACAGGUUGGUUCAACAGUGAACAUGCCAGUGCUCGUCAGCUCGAAUUGUCCAGUGCCCAUGUUGCAGGGAGAGCGGCAAUUCGAUCCAGUGCUGCUCUCCUUCGCAUGUGUAGUGGGUUUUUGUUUUUAUUUUUUGACACAGGGUCUCUAGCUCAGUCUGGCCUUAAACAAGCAGCCAUCUUCUUGCUGCCUCCAACUGCUGGGACUACAAGGCGUGAACCAUCAUUUGGCUUUGUGGAGUCCCAGAGGAAGUUGCAUCCCAAGAAAUACUUCUACUCAGGAAGUAGAGUGCAAAUAUUGGCCUGGGAGAACCUACCCCACCAAGUACAGAGGUAAAAGUGUGCAGGGAGCUUUGGUGACCCCAUUGCAGCCCUUGUGUCCCAGUCCCCUCUGUCUGUUCAUAUAGGGAUCACCCACUUGGCCACAUCACUUUCCCUGAAGACAGCUGGAAGCCUGGCUUUUGCAUGUGAGAAAUGGGCAUUUUUAAGCACUUGCCUUGCAUCAGCCCUCACUGGCAAUCCAAGGAUGGGGAGAGGCCUCUUGGCUAUAGCUUACACAGUCCAGCAGUGAUUGACAUGCCACUUCUUGACCCUAGAGCCCAAACAUCCCCUCCCCAAUUUGCUCUUCUCACCCCAUCUAGAGACUAGAGGUCCCCUGCCCUAUUUUGCCCUAGGACCCUCAAUAGUUUGAGAUGGUAGCAUCCGGAAAAGGGAGAAUUUCCCCUUGCCUGUCUGAGGGUGACUGUUUGAGGGGCCGAGUGGGCGGGUGGAGACAGCCCUGGGGCGGGGCAGGGAAGAUGGUCUCUCCACUGUAGAAAGUAGAGUAGGAUCGUGGUCAGACUUCAUUUGAGGCAUCUAGUGACUCGUACAAAUCACCAAGGAAGAUUUUUCAAAUGCAAAAUAAAGGUGGGAAAUAAAUAGACCCAUGAAUAAUCAAGUCAAAGUGAUGUUGCACACAAUGCAGAGAAACCAAGAAGGGGGAGGGUUAAUGUAUUAAAUGUGCUAUUGAGAAGUUAAUUUUAUUAAAAGUAUUAUUACUUAA